AUGACUAUGCAACAAAUAGUAACCUUAUCACAAGAAUGUGGAUUAUAUGACAGUUAUGAUGAAUUGAGAGCAGUGCUAAUGUAUCUACACGAAUUAGGAGAGGUAAUCUACUGUGAUAAAAUAGGCGAUAACGGGAUGGUUAUAACUAAUGUCGACUGGUUAUUAAAUAUAUUUCGUGCCAUUAUUCAAUUAAAAGAUCAUCGACAAGGAAGUCUACAAGCAAAGCAAGAUUAUAAUAUAGCCUAUAAAACAGGAAAAUUAUCAAGAAGAUACGUUGAUAACGCCCUUAAUCGAUUUAAUUUAGAUGAAAAUAGUAAGGAAAUUAUAUUGCAACUCAUGGAAUCUUAUGAUAUCCUAUUUUGUAUUAGAAAUGAACUGGAUGAUACUACAGAAGAGUGGCAAUAUUUUGUUCCAUACUUGUUACCACGUAAUGUUAAGCCCUUUGAUUUGCGUAAAUAUCAUGCCUCAGAUUGGCUUUACAUCGGAUACGAGAAAGGAGAUAUUCCAUAUGGAAUUUAUCACAGCCUGCUAUCAUCUUGUUUAAUACAAUGGAAUAACAAGGUUGUAGAAUUAUAUUAUCAAUGCGCUAAAUAUUAUUUAGCAAAUGAUGAUCAUUACCUGAUAAUUAAGAAAGAAGGGCCUUACAUUGGUUUACAAUAUUGCUAUCAGAAAAUCAAUCAGCUGGACAUUGGUAAAUUGGUGAUCGACAAAGUUAAGAAUUCUAUAUUUAACAAGCGGCCGCACGAUAUUGUCAAGAAUAAGCUUAUCUCCAUUGUGGAUAAAAGGAUGAUAAAAUUUCAAGGGGCUCGUUGCCGAUUUUACGUUAAAUGUAACGAGUGUAAUGAAGAAAUAAGUAUAGCCGAAGAAUAUAGAGAAGAAGACAGCAAUUGGAUUCGAUGCGAGUAUUGUACUCAGCAAUUUGCUAGUCAAUCUCUCCACGAUUGGAUGAUUUAUAAUAAAGAGUUAUCGAUAGAGCGAUGGAUAGAUGUGAGAGAUGACGAUCCUAGAAACUAUUUUCACUCGAUCGCUAGUUGUGUUGGUAUAGACUGGACAAAAUUAGCUACAGUCCUAGAUCCAACAAUUGAUACUGAGGUUAUCGAAGCAAAACAUCGUGGUCAUACCUAUAACAGUGCCAUCCAAUCGCUUAAUCAGUGGUACAGAAGGAAAUACCCAAAUGCUACUCUUAAUCUAUUGCGGAACGCUUUGGAAACGAUUGACAGAAAUGAUAUUAUUAUCCCAAAAGAACAAAAUUCCUAG